AAUUAAUAUACAUGCGCCUUACACCUUUAAAAACUAUGGAAGAGUAUACAGGACAGGAAAACAAACUUAAAGAACAUUUAGAAAAUUUCAGCAAACAGAUUCUUAUUAAAAAAGAAAAGAAAUACUGGAGAGAUAAGAAUGCCUUCUGUGAAGGAAGGGCAUACAAAUGGAAUAAAGAUAAAAAUAAAAAAUUUAGUAACAAAAAUUCCAAAAAACCCAAUGUUCAAUCAAAUGACUAUCUGUCUGAUGUACCUUCGAAUUCUUCCUCAUCAGCUUCCUCACAUACCAGUCGGACAUCGGCCAAGAGAAAGGGCCCCUUCUCUAAACAUGGGACAGAAGGAGAAGUCCAACAAACUAGCAAAAAACCCAUCACGGAUUCCCAGGUGUCAUUUUCACAAAAUGAAAGGGGAGCUAGCUUGACAAGGAGAGCCUCGGGUGGAAACUCCAGGGGGUCUCCCUCAAAUAGAGGUAAACUUUUCUCCCGGAAAGAUAUGGGGGCAAUUUCAAAGACUUCACGCACCCCCCUAGAUAAUUUUUUGGAGAAGAAGGGGGUGUCCUCAACGCCCCCACUCUUUCAAACACAGAUGACCAUGGAUCUGGCGGUGGAGAUACCGCCAGAGGAGAAUAUAAUAAUAUCAUAAACCUAUCCUCCCAUACUUUAACAACAGUAGAGCAGGAAGUUUUAUGUUUGGGACUCUCCUUCUGCCCCACUAAUAACACUGAUUCAUUUGAGACGAUUAAGGAUAUCAACCUAUUUGCACGGAGACUCUUUUAUAAAGGUCUCUACUACAAACAUAAAAAACAAGAAGAGGAAGUGGCCCCAAACCUCAAAGCGGCUGAUUUCAGAGCCUUAAGAGACUUAAAUCUCCUCCUACAGGAGAAUGCCUCACUUGGUGACGCAUGGGAAGAAGAUCUAAAUGAGGAAGCGGAUGAGGAAAUCGAAGAAGGCAAUUUUUUCAAAAUCAGGAAAUUCAAAAGGAAAUCUAACAAAUUUCCUGUCCUGAGUUUGAAUCCAGCAAUUUCUUUAUUUGUGAAACAAGUUUCCAAAGAAUUGGAAACCUUAAAAAAGGACACAAACCAUAGAAAUCUGACCAUUGAGCAGCAACAUGCACUUAAAACCCUAAAAAAUAGCCCAAAUCUGAUCAUUAAAGCAUCAGAUAAAGGCGGUAAUGUAGUUCUGAUGAACAAUAUAGACUAUGAGAAAAUGUGCCUAAAAAUAUUAAACAAUAAACAAUGUUAUAGGAAAAUCACAGCAGCAACUGUGGACAGGUUCAAUGGAGAAUUUUAUGAGCUUGUUGAUAGUUUUUACAAUAAUGGCAGCAUCAUCAAAGAUGUCUGGGACUUUAUUAGAACACAGCACCCACGACAACCGACUAUGUAUUCUCUACCAAAGGUGCACAAAAACUUGCAAGACCCGCCGGGACGUCCAAUCAUAUCUGGCAAUGGAUCAAUUUCGGAAUGUGUUAGUCAAGUAAUUGACCAAUACCUCCGACCCCAUGUACUUGACCUACCAUCCUAUACUAAGGAUACAAUUCAUCUUCUGCAGGUGUUGGAGGAUUUAACCAUACCUCCAGAUGCUAUCCUAGUAACUAUAGAUGUAGAAUCACUCUACAAUAGUAUUCCGCACCAACUGGGCUUAGAAGCCAUCAAGCGGGUACUCAAACAAAGACCAACCACAGAUUGGAAGUUUAAUCAUUUCAUUUUGACUAUGCUGGAUUUCAUCCUCCAGCAUAACACUUUUCUUUUCCAGGGCUCCCACUACCUCCAGGUACAGGGUGUUGCUAUGGGGACGUGCUGUGCACCCUCAUAUGCAAACCUGUACCUGGGGGAGUGGGAGCGGGAAUUUUUGUUGGGUGAAAGUGCGUCUAUGUGCGCUGCUAACAUUCUUGUUUGGCAGCGCUACAUAGACGACAUUUUUAUUGUUUGGGACGGUCUGGAGAAUGAACUUCAAGAGAUGUUGAGGCUGAUGAACAUCAACAGCUUCAAUCUUUUUUUUACCAUGUCAUACAACGACAAGGAGGUCAGCUUUUUGGACAUACGUAUCUUUAAAGAAUUGGAUGGUGCACUUGGCACAUCCUUAUUCAGAAAGGAAACGGCGGGAAACACUCUGCUUCACGCGGAGAGUUUUCAUCCGGAAGUACUUAAGAAAUCUAUCCCAUAUAGUCAGUUCCUACGGCUUAGGAGGAACUGCUCCACGGAUUUUGACUUUCAAAGGGAAAGCGACCUGCUAACUGAACGCCUCUUGAUAAGAGGCUACACAAAAACCAGCCUAAAGAAGGCUUUCAACAGAGUGAGAGAUACAAAUAGACGAUCUCUCAUCUUUAAACCCAAAAAUACCAGUAAGAAGGAAGAAUCCAACACUAGGGUUAUCAUAAAUUUCUCCAAUGAACAUCAAAAAAUCCGAAAGACGAUCUCCAAGUUCUGGCCUAUCCUGACAGAAGACCCUAUUUUAAAGAAUCUAAUCACAAACCAGCCACAAAUAACUUUUAAGAAAGCACCCUCCUUGGGUACACUUUUGGUCAAAAGUGAGUACAAGGGUAUAAACAAAAAGGAUCCUUGUAAAACAUUUGGCACCUACCCCUGCGGGACGUGUGCUCAAUGUCCCGUCAUAGGGAGGAGAACCACACUGACACUGCCAAAUGGGGAUACCUUCUCCCUGAAACAUUUUGCAAAUUGCAGAACACGGGGAGUGGUAUACCUCAUGCAGUGUCAGUGUGGUUCUUUCUAUGUGGGUAAAACCAAACAGGAACUACACAAGCGAAUAGAGAAACAUAUGCAUUCUAUGCGCAUUUGCAAUCUCUAUCUCCCAUUGGGUCGACAUAUAGCCAAGCAUCACGGCUAUCAUAUGCCUAACCUAAAUUUCACUGUGUUGGACCGCAUUCACAUUCCCCUACGGGGGGGUGAUUGGAACAAAACUCUACUGCAGCGCGAAAUGCGUUGGAUUAGAUAUUUAAAGGCCACUACACCUCCCGGCCUCAACGAAAGUGAGAGUUUUAGGCCUUUUUUGGAGGGUUUUUCUUCUGGCAAAACAGAUUAGGAUCUCAAGCGGGGAUGAAGAAUGUCGUCCCCGAUUUUGAUUUCCUGGAUGACUUUGCCCACAUUUUCCAAAUCUUUCCCCCUUUCCCCUUCACUGUGAACGCAAUAGACAUUUUCAGGUUAGGGCCCAGCACAUAUAUGACACUUAGAAAUAGGGAGGGUUGUUUUGUUCUUUUUUUAUUUUUCGCUUAUCUUUAUUAUAAUUGAUAUGUUGUUUGACUCGAUGUUUCCCUUCCACCGUAUUUAUGCGGACUGAUUUGAAGGGAUUCUUUGUCAUAAUUGAGAUUUUGAUAUUUGUUUUUCUUUCUUGCACUUAACCUAAAUUUGCUCUCUUGGUUCUAUAGCUCGGAGGUGUGGGUCACGGGCCAACCACCCCGGUCGAGUGGACAUCGGUGUCUCUAUGGCUAUUAUGCAGGUUGUUUUCCAUUUUUCCUCAAUUUGUUUGACUCAUCAGCUGCCAGGGGAGACUUUGGGCUUUGUACCCAAAUGUCAUCAAAUUUACCGAAAAGGGGGAUAGUCAUAUCCCCUUGGGUAGAUAUAGAAGGCAGCUGUGGCUUUUUUCUCCCAAAGGUCUCCCAGUGGUUCAUUCAAGAACUACAGGAGAAUAGUGCCUACCAUAACACACACAAACUUGGGCUCGAUUUUGCCCUUAUGAUGACUGUUUCAAACUGUGAUCAAGGUCAUCUUUUGAACGUUUUUAUCCUCCUACUAUCACCCCUUAUAGUUGCACCCUUUUCAAUCAAGUUGCUACUCUCUAACAAGACAUACAAUCAAACGUCCAAUUCAGGUCUAUGCCCUUUUGUAAAAUGGCCGCCGGGGAACUUCCGGAUCCGGCUGAGAGGUUUUCAGAUAUCCCUGAUUUAACCAACCAAUAAAAUGGCUACGGGGGCGAAUUGUAUGGCAAUCGAAUUGCAAUUGAAUGGCAAUUCGCGAUGGCGAGUCGAGUGACAACUUAAUCCCAUUGGGGUGGCAUUCGAGUGGCAAUCGAAUGGCAAUUCACAACGGUGAAUCGAUUGGCACUCGAAUCCCACUACCAAAAUGGCCGCGGCGAUACUUCCGGUCCCGGAAAUGACGCGGAUCGGUAUACACUGAAUGACGGCGCUACAAUGCGCCUUGUAACAGCGGCGGUUUGCUUGAAAACAAUAAGGAGCCACACAUGGCUUCUCAGGAAUAACAUGUUUCAAUUGAUGGGUGAUGAGGGGGAGGACUACAGCACCUGAAUACAGUUAAGGUAAGUACUUAAGGAGGGCCAAGAGGGUUGGGUGGUGUCAUUCCCUCUCCAUAUGUAGGAGAACAAGGAGCUGUCUUUCCUCUCCAAGGGGAAUCUGUCUGGGCAACCCAAAUCUUUUCAGGAUUUACCUGCACCCGGCUCUCCCCUUCUUUGGAUACAAAGACUUCAAACUACUGGUGGUGAGUUUUCCAUAAACGGUUUGGAAUACAAUUCCCAACCAGUUUUUUGAGGCUCAAAUGCUGGGUUAUUAUUUUUGACACAAGUCUUUGAUAUAUCUCCUUUAUAUAGGACUGCAAAAACACCACCCAAAUUGAACCAAUUGGUUCUAUCCACUCUAUGAGUGACAUUCAAAUGGGGAUUUGUUUUAAAUGGUGCAACCUGCCAUAGGAGACAUCGGCGUCCCUGAACACCCGGGGGCCUUCUGCCCCACACUCCUGGGCGUGGAGCUUUUUAAGCAAUAGGUGAGUCCUCUUCAUUGUGAAUUAUGCCUUUUCCCUACUCGAGGAAGAGGAUGUGUAUGUGCUUUUGCACUUCAAUGGAGAGAAUACAAUGAUUUAAUGUGAAUGUAUUUAAAAUAUUUUUUGCUCUACUCUAGAUGCAAUACUUGUUUUAUGCCUUGAUGAAGGAUG